GGUCGACCGUGGCUUCCCCCCCGCGAUGGGCCUCGCGUGCAAAAAUGCUGAAAUUCGGGGAAAUGGCUUUCAAGGCCUUGGACCCGAGAAACUGGGCCAGGACGCCUCCGCAGGAAAGGGUAAAUCCAUCGGUUUGUAUUUUUAAUGUUUGUUGACACCACAGUAUGCUUCGUGCUCCAUGCUUCACCCCUUUCCCCAUUCCACAUCACCCAUUCCCCGGGGAAUUGCUCCCUUCUGAUACUUACGUUUCUGCCGCCGUCGUGGAUCAGGCGAAGACACCCGAUGAGAUGAUCGAUCCGCCCGAUACGGAGAAGCUGGACGAUGGCAGCGCUGCAACGUCGCCCUACCUGCCAUCCCCCGAGAUUUCCGCGGACUUGGGUAUGGGGAUGUACGGAGUUGCAUCCAGUCCUCCCACUUCCAACAAAGGGUCGUCGCCCGGUCCGCAUGAGCAUCCCAGUGUGAGCCUGCCGGAGCAAUUGCCGUCGGUGGAUGCGAGCCAUCCUGGUCACAGCAAGGAUGUCAGUGCUGACCCUGCAAUCCCAGAGGAUUCUACGCCGGCUCGGAAUGAUGGCAUCUUGGCCGAUUUCUCCGACGACGCGAGCAAGCCUGUGGACCCCGCGCUCUUUGCCAAACUGGUUCAUGCCAAUCAGCAUCUGAUUGAGGAACAACAGACCGUCUCGGCGAAGCGGUCGCAGGUGCGCGAGCUGCGACAAGCCCUCAAGUUCAAACGCGAGGAGGAAUCCGAUCUGCGAACGGCCUUGAUGAGGAAGCUUAACGCACUCUUUGCGCAACAGGGUCUCUUCGAUGUCCAACUCUUGAUGCGGGACUAUGAAGCCUUGCAGCUGACUACCGAGUCGUACUUGGAUCUGGAAAACAGUUAUCACGAGGCUGAAGAUCAACUGGAGCAGCAAGAAUACCGGCUUGGGAAGUCCAUGGAAAAGUUCGCUAGUUUGUCGAAUAAGGGCCCAUUCCGGGCCUCUCCGGGCCCUAGUCGAUAUACCUUGGAUGAUGGAUUCGCCGAUGAUGACGGUGACACUACAUCCAUGGCCAGUACAACCCAGGUGCUUCCGCAGGGUGUGGUGGAGUAUCUCUCGCGCAUCGGGGAUGUUCGUUUACUCCAGGAACACCUGCUCGAUUUGGAUUCCCAGUGGCUGGCCAUCAUGGACAAGCAAAAGCAGCGAAGCUCGCUUCGUGUGCCUCUGGACGACGAGUCUUUGGAAUUUCUGCGCACUUACGAUGAAGAAAGGAGGAAGAUGUGGUACGAUCUCAAUCAUGCCCAGUUGGAUGUCAAUCAACUCCGCUCUAUCUGCGAGGAAAAUGGUCUAUUAACCGACGAACACACGAGGGAUCGAGAGUUCCUUUACCCUUUGAGCUCGGACCACCUCACCAGCCCGAGCGAUGAUCCUCUCAAGCUCUCCGUCGAUGACGACUCUUCUUUCUUCUUCGAGCCCCAGGCGACGGCUCAGCUGAGCCCUACCAGGUUUAUCAACAAGUGGAUGCUUCACCAACUCCGCAGCUCAUCCGUUGAAAUACAUCGACUGAAAUCCCGUCCCGAGCUUCAACCCCUAUGGGACCGAGGUUUCGACGACACCAGCAUCAGCCGCUGGGCUCUAAGAGAAUGGUUCAGUGACGACGCGGGUUUAUCUUCACGGCCUCCUAGCACUCUCCCUCCGGACGAGGACCGCAUCUCGACCGCUAAAAGCGCCCUCGCCCCGGAGAGCAAGAUCAAACCGAUACUCUCCAAAAGCCACUCUGUACCGUCUCUUCGCAGAGUACCAAUUGUUCCCGGGCUUCGACGUUCGCAUUCUAUGUCAUUUCACAGUCGCUGAUGGGAUAGCGGAUUCUUCUUCCUGGCUUUGCCUUAGAUGAGCGUAGCAUUGCAUUGCGUAAUCGCAUCGGACUUCCUUCGGGUGACUUUUUUUUCUUGGUGUCGACUCCUGCAUUGGGCGCUCGUAUUCUUUUCUGUAUCAUAGCUAGACUGGCUUGGCGUCCCAUUGUUACCUUCUUCGUCUCUCUUUUUUAUAUUGAUAUUCGUUUAUUUG